CGAAUAAAGACGCCGUUGGCCAAUUCCGAAACCCGCUGUGUUCCUUGGCGAAGCACCCCGAGUUGCAUUGCAUGCCAAAAGAACUUUUUUCUAAAAUCCGGAGUGCAUGAAAAAGCAUGCGGGGAUAUUGCGUUCCGAACUCAUGCAGCGCCUGUCGCACUGCAGACUUCGCCAUGCAUUCCGCCGAGAACACGCUCAGAGCCGUUGGUGGCCGCAGGUUGCCGCCAUCCACAUUUGUUUGGAAUCGGAGUAAUCCAAAAGUACUUGUGGGAAAAUAUUUGGAAAAGAUUAGGAACACUUGCAGAAGAGUCCUUCACACGGGCGGGCAUGCGCACUGCAGGCGCGCCCUAAUCCCGGAGGCACAUGCUGACCCUGUGCGCAGCCUUCGGUCCACAGGGAAAGCAGAAACAGCGUAAAUCACCACGCGCGAUCAACUCCCCCCCGGCACCAGGAAACCCCGUAAGUGCUCCUGCCUUUACACGCCUGGGUUUGAGCAACGCGGAACAAGACCCGCUUCGCUCAAGCAGACUUGCGAAGGCAAAAAUAUCCGUGUGUUUGGUUAGCCGACAAGUGAUACCGCCGUGGAGGAAAGGAAUUUCCGAGAAAUCUUUGGCAAAACGCUCGCACACGACGGCGUCGCUGAGCAGUGCCUUUUCGUCCCGCACCUUCUCGGACGGUGGCCUGCCUGGAUGCCGCCGUCGGCGAAGAGCUACAAAAGCUUCAAACAAGUUGCUUUUCAGCACUGUUUGUUUCCGAAUUUGGAUUAAACCAAAGGCAAUUUGCAUGCAGCCCGCAUGCGAGAGAGCACGCAUGCAGGAAAGCGUAAGAACCGGUUUCCGAUCCCUCACGAACGAAGGACAGUGUUCAGGAAAAGCCAUUGUCGGGCUUCAGCAGAACGCCCUGGAACAUGCAAGCACUCCGCGAGCGUGUACGCCCUAAGCUCACAUGGACGACAGCUCGCUUUGAACAGCGCAGGGAACAGUUAACAAAACAAAGGAAAGGUAGACAAAUGGCGGGGUAGUGUAGCGGGGGCAAAAAAAGGGAAGCCACGUGUUACACGAGGUGUUUCGCUUGCACCCUACAGAAGAUGCCUGCACCACAGUUGCACACAGACAACGACUGU